GCUCAAAGCACAGGAUGCCGACGACGGCGCUUGUGUUCUCGAGCGCAUAUGCGGCAGCACUGUCGUCGCUUCCCGUGCACUCGAACCGGGACUGCAUGACGUUCUCAUUGCUUCAGCACACAGGUCUAUUGGCGCACGUCCAUGUCAUAGCUCCUGAUGUGGCUUCGCCGUCCGACCUUAAACGGUUCCACAGCAGCGAUUAUGUCGAUGCUCUGAAAGCCGAAACUUCGUCGGCCGCUGCCAUCAUGCUCGAGCACGGUCUUGUCGACGAUGCAUAUGCGUUUCCAGGACUGUUUUCAUAUUGUUCGUAUGUUGCUGGUGCGUCACUUACGGCCAGCAAGUUGCUCGUGUCCGGCAGCAUCGACAUUGCGAUCAACUGGGGCGGAGGCCGGCACCACGCCAAGAAAGACCAUGCAAGUGGGUUUUGCUACGUGAACGAUGUGGUCCUUGCCGUGGAUUACCUCUUGCACAACAUACACGCUUGCAAAGUCCUCGUAAUUGACAUCGACGUCCACCACGGCGAUGGCGUCGAGGAAGCAUUCUACUUCUCGUCCCAAGUGUUCACACUGUCAUUCCACAAGUUCGCCCGAGGCUUCUUUCCUGGUACAGGCAGUCCGUCGUCCAUCGGUCGAGGGGCCGGCCGACACCGAAACCUCAACGUGCCUUUGGACGACGGCAUUACGGACAACCAGUUCUUUGAAGUGUUUGAGGUGGUCGUGCAGGCAAUCGUGGAGGCGUUCAUGCCGACGCAUGUUGUCAUGACGUGCGGCGUCGACACCCUUGCUACGGAUCCCUUGGGGACAUUCAACUUGACAGCCACGGGCUUGUGCUGGUGUUUGGACGUUGUAAAGGAGCUGGAACUGCCGUUGUUACUGCUUGGCGGUGGAGGCUACAAUGAAUCGGAUGCGGCGCGAUGUUUUGCAGCCCUCACGGCGACCGCCAUCGACCAAAUGUUGCCCGACCAAGUUUCCGAUCACGACUACUUUCCCAUGUAUGGCCCACACUUUGGCAUGGCGACGGCUCCAGUCAAGGCCCGCGUGAACAAGAACACAGUCGCAUCGUUGGAAGCCACUUGUCAACAAGCACUAAAACAAAUCGGUCGAUUGCGCCGGCGCGAGGACGCCGUUAACUCGGGCGGGGUCGCCUCGAUUGUCCCCACCGCAUGAUCGCGCCAAGAUGGAAAACAUGCUCGUCUCACAGGUUCGACCAAAUGCUGUGGAAUGGAUUGCGGCAUGGCACGGACGAGUCCCCAUGACGUUCAGUUGAGCUGGUUGAUAAUUCGUGGUCGGAGCGUCGAUAAGGGUCUUAAUCGAGGAUGUACACGCCA